AUGUCGCUGAUCGCCGACUGCUUUCGACGCCUCACCGAGACGCCGGCUAAAACCGAGCUGAAGGGCUACAAGGUCACCGACGUGAGCCGCACGCGGAAAUUCGGCGUCGCCUGCAGGAGCCUUCAGGAGCUGAAGCGGAAAGCGUGCGCAAAGCUGAACGUGACGAACGACCUCGCCGAAGUCAACGUCUUCCUGCUCGAUGGUUCGUUGAUCGACGAGGAGUACUUCUCCACGCUGGAACCUCAGGUUACGCUGAUCCUUGCGAAACCUGGGGAGAAGAUAUUGAGCGACGCGGACCUCUUCUACGACACUUUGAGGCGCGUCAACAUCGAUUUCCUGACUGCCGGCGACAAGGCGUCCGAGUUCCUCACGGAAAACCUUAAAGCGAAGGUCGCCGUUCUAAAUAACGCUUUGAACAAAGACGACUCGAAGACGGUGCUCAGCGACAGAGACGAGCAUCCGGAAUGGUUUCGCGGAUUAGACACCAACUACACCACAAAAGAGGCGUACAUGCAUCGCAGAUGUCAGGACAGGAUACGGGGCUACCUUUACAAGACGAUCGAUCAGAUCAAAUCGUCGGACACCUUUUCGAAAGAUCCUCGAGCCAGGAAACAGCUGUUGUACGCGAUAGCGUUCUUCAAGAUGCAACUGAAGGAAGACCAUUACUUGGGACAUUACUUCGACAGGAGUCGAACAAAGAUCGAGGCGUUGGAGGAUCGCGACGAACGUGACUCGUCGUCCUGCUACGAUCAUUGCCCCUGUAGAUUGAAUCAGUUGGAUGGCAGUACGUACUUCCGGUUGUUCGGUACGAUGAACCAUUCGUGCGUGGACGGCGCGAAGAGGAGCGAGAAAGACUGGAAGGUCGGCACGAAGACCGAGGAGGAGGACGAGGAGGAAGAAAAUUGUCCUUACACGAUCAAGAGGAAAGGCAGGGAAACCUUGGUCGCGUUGUGCGAUCGAAAGGGUGAAUUUAGGUGCAACGGCGUCUGGAACGCGGAUAAAUGCGCUUACGGGGAGAGGCACAGGAUCAAUCCUUACAGGUCAAGGGAGGAGCUUAUUCUCUUCUCCACAUGGAACUUCGAUCAUAAGAUCGAAAGGUCCAGGACCCUGAUACCGUUGCUUCUGAAUCUGUCGUCGCAAGGAAUAGCCAACGAGACGGACAUCUUCGAGAUCUACGAAAAUCUGUUCACGGUGAAGAACCUGAGGCUGGUGCACAUCGUGUGCCACGACAAAGGCUCGCACAAGUAA